CAACUCAGUCUGUCAGUGUGCGCCUAGCGUUGGGAACAAGUCUCACUAGUCGGAUUUUCAACCAGUGAGAGAGACACGUCGAGAGAAUCCAAGCAGGACAGACCAGAAAUGAACUAUCUAAUGACUUACCACAUCCGAGCACGUUCUGCAAUUGAGACCCGUGAAUAAGGAUUGGGUUAUUUUUUCCACCCUGCAAUAAUUCUUGUCACAUUUGUAUUGAUUUGAUAUGCUUGCUUUCCGUUUGCAAUAAUUGCUUUCGUUUCGGUCAUUUUUUGUUAAUUAUCUGGAUGUGAAUUGCACGUCAUAACAUUAAAAUCUGUGUAUGCGGAAUUAUUGGAGUCCAGGAGGCAUUGAGGAAAACACAGGAGGAGAAUCUUUCCAGCAUCAACAUGUUCUUCUGAAGAUGGGACUGUGCGAGGCGAAGAAAAGCUCUCUCAUUUCAAACCACCAUCCAUCCACCAUCGUACUUUGCCUACCACGUUAUUCCUAAUUUGACUAUUGGAAAAACAUUAAAGUGGGAGUGAAAGUUUAGCUCAAAACGCAGCGAAGAAACAAUAAGAUUCUUGGAAAAGUAAACUCUUGCUGAAAAGAUAGCAACAAACGUCUUUUGGGACCGAUACUGCGGCUGUGGUGUUCGCGCGCCUCAGAGAAACAAACGCACAUGAGCUACUUUAUUUUGCAUUUGUGGAAUUUUCUGUUUAAACUCACAUAGUCCACACCUCUGUUUAGCCUAAUCUACUAUCGCGUGGGUUCAGGUGUUAUUCAUGCAGGCUCCCAAAACACGUUGUCCCUGACGGAUUCACCUAUAGCCCCGUGGGUUCAAGCACACGCGCUUUGUGUCCAGGGAGAAUAUCCCGCAGAUUUUUAUGGGAGUAAAAAGGCGGAAUUCGGGAUUUGAGAUGGCAAGUCGUGGCUGUGAAAAUGGAUUGGGAAUUCUCCUGAUAUUCUUAGUGGAUUUACUCGGGAUCGCGGCGACCAACAUGGAGCCCAUCUACUGGAAUUCCUUGAACAAAAGGUUUAAUGAUGAUAAGGGUUAUGUCCUCUACCCUCAGAUCGGGGACCGUCUGGACCUCAUCUGCCCAGGUUCGGAGCCCCCAGGCCCCCGGGCCCCUGCCGAAUACGAGUACUAUAAACUCUACCUGGUGUCGUCACGGGAACAGGCAGACAGGUGUGAAGUGACCGGGGCCCCCAACCUGCUGCUCACCUGUGAUAAACCCAACAGCGACAUGCGUUUCACCAUCAAGUUUCAGGAGUACUCGCCUAACCUGUGGGGCCAUGAAUUUAAAACUAAUCAGGACUAUUUCAUCAUCGCUACAUCAGAUGGGACUCGUCAGGGCCUGGAGAGCAUGAGAGGAGGAGUUUGUGUUACACAGGGCAUGAAGGUGGUGCUGAAAGUGGGACAGAGUCCGUAUGGCCUCCCACCCAAGUCCCCCAAAUCUGACCCAGCGGGCCGUAUCAACAACCAAAAUCCAGGUACUGGAAACAGCACACAUCCCAGAAUUCCCCCUAGAGGACCAGGUGGAGAAAACGGCCCCCUUCCUCCCUCCAACAUCGCGGUUAUUGCUGGCGCAGCCGGAGGUUCUGCGUUCCUCCUUCUCGUCACCGCUGUGAUCUGCGUGGUGUGCUAUCGGCGACGACACGCGAAACAUUCUGAAUCGCACCACCCUCCCCUCUCCCUCUCCUCUUUAACCUCGCCCAAACGAGGCGGAGGUGGAGGAGGUGGCAACAACAACGGAUCGGAGCCCAGCGACAUCAUCAUCCCGCUGCGGACUUCUGAUUCCGCCUACUGCCCGCACUACGAAAAAGUCAGCGGGGACUACGGCCAUCCCGUCUACAUCGUACAGGAGAUGCCCCCUCAGAGUCCCGCCAACAUCUACUACAAAGUAUGAGAACCGGAGAAGACCUUACCGACGUCUACUAUGACCACACCAACCUUAAUGACUACCUAAAUCCCGCCCUUGCCCCACCAGUAGUCCCAGUAGAUCAGAUCCUUCACACACACACUUCUCCGAUACAGCGACUGUUUAGGGUCGGGUGUGUGCGCGGGUGUGUUAUCAUUCCUCACAACUCGCCCCAACUUUGGCCUUUUGUUAGAGAGAGGAUGUCCUUCUCUCUGACGUCCCACAGGGAACUGUUCUUAAAGCUAGAGAAGACCUCCUGGAGUAAUUCAGGCGACUGAAAAAACACGACACUCCUGGUUUUAUUGGGGGUGUUUCGGAGCACAAGCAUCAAAACUGUGCAGAAAAACCCACAAACAAAAACACUAGAAGGACAUCAUGCGAACUUCGACUUUGAAUGCUACAUUUACUCACACAUAGCAGUUUAGUUUGUGUUACUACUCCUCGGUAAGGGGGAGGAGCCAUCGAUUCGGCCAAUCAUCACACAGGGCUUCAAUCACGUGAUCUAGGACCCGUGUGUUGUCGAUUGGUGGAGUUUUAGAGGCGCGAAGAAUCUUGUAUAUUUUAAUAACCGGUGUAUUUUGUGAGUGUGUAGGAUAAAUAUCCCGACACUGCUGUUGCACAUGUAUUUGUGCGCGAGCGCUGAGCUUCGGUUAAACUUGUGAGUGUUUGUUUGUGUGGAUGAGCGCGUGUCUGAGUACAGUUACAGUGUUAUAGUGUGAACAUGGGCGUGCGUGUUUGUUAGACUGUUUCAAAACCAAAACAUAAAAUAUGAGCGAACAUCAAAAAAGUUUUUUUAUCGCUUUCAAACACAUAGAUUAUAAUUAUAUAUGAAUACUCAGUAAAAUAAUUUUUUUAGAGUUUUUUUUCAUGUAAAGUUAUACUGUUUCUUUGCUAGGCCUAAUUUGUUUCUUUAUUAUUUUUUUAUCAACAUGCUGACCUUGUUUCUUCACCAUUUGUGUUGUAAAUUAAUUUAAUGCUUUCAUUCUGUUGCAAAAACCGAAUUUGUUUGGUUCUUUUUUCCAUCUCAGUUUUCCUUUCCCUGGAGUCUCCUCCGCUCUACACAUAUAUUUUUAUAGCUCCUUGUACUCUGACGUAGUUUUGAAGCUAGACCUCGUUUGUGAACGUGUUGAGGUAGAACAAUCUGAGAGUUUUUUAUUAUUUUUUAAGAUGCUUUUUUGAACAAAAAAGGGGAAAAUUGAAAGGAGGGAAGAAACGGAGGGGGGUUAAAUAAAAAGAAAAGGGUACGAACACCGCCGGCUAGCAAAAGAAAACUUCUGGAAAGAGUGAAACUAUGAAAGAAUCGCACAUUAAAAGACAAAAAAUAGCGGAGCGAAAGUUAAAAGAUGCUUGAAUGAGGAAAGAGAGAGCGAGAUAUAAGAAAGAUUUUUUUAGGAAAAGCUCCUCUGAAGCGGUGAAGGAGGCAGAUGUAGAGAGGUAGAGAGAAAUUCAGAAUGGACCUAAUUCUCUCAGAUGCAGAUGGACAACAGGAUAGAUGGACACACAGACUUGCUCUUUUAUAGACGCACAGUGCUCUAUUUUGUGCCAAUGAAGUGAGGUGGAAAUAUUUUAAGACUCAUUUCAAAUUCCGGAGUAUCUCGGAAAACGUCUCAAUAUAACACGGACGCGCACCCGCGCUCGGAGAAAGAUUCAAUGGCCACUGCACACAAAAAAGCUCUUGUGAAGAGGCGGCUUUUCAUCUCAAACACACGUGCACGAGCAGACCGAAUACACAAUCAAAAGCCAUCACGAUUAGGCAUAUAGUUUCCGUAAAAAUACUGUGCAUUCUCUCUCUUUCUCUCUCUCAUUCUCACACAGUCAUUCAUUAACACAAUACUUUGUGCCAAUGAAAAUUAUUGUUGAGGUUGAAACAUACUCUGUGCAAGUACACAGAACACUUUUAUUUCAGGUUACCUAUUGGCGUGGCCCAGCAUCAGUUUGAAGGGAAUUGAUUAAACUUUUGACUUAUUUAUAGAUAGCCACCUAAAUAAUAGCAUUUUGGGGCGGUUUCCCGGACAGGGUUUAGAUUAAUUCAGGACUAGGACGAUUUAGUAAUUUUUGCAAAAAACAUUACUGGUGUGCAUCUUAGCACUAAUAUGUGUUAAUAUUUGUCAGUACAAGUUUUUUUUUUAAACUAGUCAGCUCAAACAUGCCUUUUAGUCUGGGACUGGGAUAAGCCCGAUCCAGGAAACCACACAAUACAGUUUAAUACCCCCCCUUCCGAGCAGAGGUGUAUACUACUUAAAGGUGCAGUGUGUAAAUUUCAGCAGCAUCUAGUGGUGAGGUUGCGAAUUGCAACCAAUGGCUCAGUGCACUGCUCAUCCCUCGCUUGUGAAACGCAUAGAGAAGCUACGGUAGCCACCACCGGAAAAACAUGUCAGAGACAACUUAGUAAAAAAAGUUUGGCUUCUGUAGAAACAUGGCGGCACAAAAUGGCGACUUCCACGUAAGGGGACCCUCGGUGUAUGAUAAAAAUGUCUCAUUCUAAGGUAAUAACAACAUAACGGUUCAUUUAAAAAAGGUCUUUAUACACCCCUGAUAAUAUAGUUUUGUGUAUUAUUUUGCAUUUCUGUCAAGAGAUCUUUCUAAAAAUUUCACACUGCACCUUUAAGUAUUUUUACUUUCUACAUAAAAGUAAAUUUUUAAGUUUUCAUAUUUUAUUUGUGUUUUUCUUUGGAAAACAUGCAUUUCAAAGCAUAUUAUCAUAGUUUUUACUCCACUACAUUUCAUAAUUUCAAGUUUUUGGUUUAUAUUUAAUAUUUAAGUACAUUAAACAUCUUAUACA